ACACUUCUCCACUCAACCACUUCCGGUUUACGUUUUCACAACAAAAACACGACACAGAUGAUCUCAUUGACACACAUCAGCUGACUAGAUGGGACCGUAUCCAGGAACAAACUCGGACGACACAUUUGACUAUCUUUUUAAGAUUGUGUUAAUUGGGGACGCCGGAGUUGGAAAGACUUGCGUUGUACAGAGGUUCAAGUCGGGAACAUACGUCGAGAAACAUGGAUCGACCAUUGGGGUGGACUUUACCAUGAAGACGUUACAGAUUGAUGGGAAGCUGAUAAAGCUCCAGAUCUGGGAUACUGCCGGUCAAGAGAGGUUUCGAACCAUCACCCAAAGCUACUACCGUAGUGCCAAUGGUGUUAUCAUUGCUUAUGACAUCACCAAAAAGGGGUCCUUUGAAAGUGUGCCUCGAUGGAUCGAAGAUGUAAAAAGAUAUGCGGGACCAAACAUUGUGCAGUGUAUAAUAGGAAACAAGAAAGAUAUGGAGCACCUGCGGGAGGUGAAUUUAUCAGAGGCCAAAGCUUUUGCUCAGCAUCAUGGGAUGGUUGAUGCCAUAGAAACCAGUGCUAAAGAAAACACUAAUAUAGAAGAACUCUUUAUGGAAAUGGCGAAGGAAUUGAAGAAAAAAUAUGGCGGAGAUUCUGGCAUCGAGAACACUACUUCCUCCAGUAAAAUUCAGCUGAAUUCUCGAAGUGUUGGGGGAGGUUUCAACUGCUGUGGAAGCUAGUAUGAAAUCUACAGACUACAUUGAUUGAACCGAUGCGUAAUAUGAAUAGUGCUAACACUGAUGAGUACUGUUGAUAGCCAUAAUUUGUGCAAUUGACUGUAUUUUAGAUGAAAAUGUCUGAUUGAUGAUGUAUGCGUUAUUUUGGGGAAGGAUUUCAUGUGCACAAUUUCCUGUUUGUUCUAAGUUGUUGUGAAUGUGUUUGGCUGAUAUUCGAGUGUAAAUCUGUUCAUUCCAAAACAAUUGAAUGAUUUUUUUGUUAAGGAAAUUUGGUAUGAGGAGUAUUGCUUUGACAGGUUUUUUUUUCAUUUCAUUGUAUUGAUGUUUCUUUCAUUGAAUUUCAUUAAUUACGAUCAAUUUCAAGAAACGAAAAAACUAAUAUGGCUUUUUUGUUAAAUAACUCAUCAAAUGUAUGUUAUUUUUACGGAGUUAACGCAUAAUUAAAUACAACACAAAAUUUUUCACCCAUGAAAUUGGUGUAGGAAUUUGAAAAAAAUAUUACUAAUGUAUGACAGGUACGUUUGAGAGAAUUUUGUGGAAGAGUUUUUUCUACAAGCGUUUAUAUAUUGUAAUCUUUAAUAAGAACAAUGCAAUUUUAGAAAACUCCAUAAAUUAUAAGCAUGCCCACGUAUUAUUUUACUUUCAAAUGUUAAUGAAAUAUAAUUCAGAAAUGCUGAUUACCUUCACGAGAUAAUAUUUUUUUCCCUUUGUAUUUUUCCUGUAAAACGAGAGUAAGACUAUGAGUAAGUAUAUACACAACCACAUAUAAAUAUUAAUUUAUCAAAUUAACUCACUUUUCUUCACAUCUUAUAAUAUUAUAGAAAGCUAUUAAAUAAAAAUUUCUGUGUAUUAAUUCAUAAAAAGAUCGAUAUGUAAACGUAAGCAGCCAAAUUCUUUCUUAUUUUUUUAUGACAGUUUAAAUAAAAUAGAUUUGAACUUUACUUAAUUUAUAAGCCAGAAACGAUUAUUCACUGUACAAAGGACAACAACUAUUCGUUUCACUUAUUAUAUUUGAUUUUUUAAAGAUCUUUACCGUAAGAUAGGUUAAAGAUAUAAUUUUUAUGAAGUUUCCGGCACGAUGUUCAAUUUCCUUAAGACUUCUGUCAAUUAAAUUAAUAGAAAACUUAUUUAAAGUGAAUUUCAUCAUAAUUCAGAUAUUCGUUUUUGCAAUCAGGAAAUAUCAAGCUUUGACUAUUUGAUAACUCAAAAUGACUAAAAUACUAAUUUUAACAAACGUUAAAUAUUCAUUUUAAAAAUUUAUUAACAGAGAUUUUAGAAUAUUUCCUCUUGACUGAAAACUACAUUGAAAAUAAAUGGGAAGUAUAUUCAAUUCGUUGUAAUACUGUGGUUUCAUUAAUAUUCAAGGCUAUCAAUUUUUGUGGAUUAAGUGAAAAACACAGUUUCAAGGAUACGUAAAUUCGUGGCCAAUGACCGUAUCAAUACAAAAUAUAAGUAGAAAUUGCAGUUCAAUGAAUAUUUAAUUUCAAGGAAAAACUUAGCAACGAAAUCAACGAAAAUUGGUAUUCAACGAAUAUUGAUGAAACCAGAGUAUCGCAAAAACGCAAUAUUUGCCUUAUAACUCAGGUUGCUGUGUUUAUAUUAUCUAUACUAUUUUAAACAGUUCUAUGUAUUGAAUAUUUUAUACUUGGGUAGUAUUUAAAUGGAGUGUUUAUAUAUACACGAAAAAGACUUCACAUGACACAUUGGUUGAAAAGCUGACCAUUUACAAUCGUUUUUUUUUAUUGACUGAACUUUUUCAUGCGAUUUCUCGGUUAAUUCAAAUACCUGCUGUUAUAUAUAUAUAUAUAUAUAUAUAUAUAUAUAUAUAUAUAUAUAUAUAUAUAUAUAUAUAUAUAUAUAUAUAUAUAUAUAUAUAUAUUCAUAUGUUGUAUUUAAAUGAGUUAUGUAUUACUAGAAGUCGUGUUGUAUUUUUGUUUUAUAUAUUAUGAAAGAUUUUUGAAAACGGAAAGAUGCACUCUUAUGCACCUCGAUGAUAAGGAAAUAUCAGUGUUACUAUUGAAAAGAUUAUCUUUGAUUUUCUAGAACCAACCACUUAAAUAUUACUUAGUUACAAAAGAUUACUUUUAUGCAUGAAAGUCAAAUGGUUUAAUUAUUUACUUACUCUUACAACACCCUGGUUUUUGAAAAGAGUGUUAAUAAAGUGCAUUAAAUGUCAGUAUCUAAUUAAGGUUUUAUUUUGGAAGUAAUGUCUUGGGUGUGAAUUGUGUUUUUUCAGUGCUUUUCUCUUUAGUGUUUGUAGAUAGCAAUAAAUUAAAAAGGGGGAAAACUGUUUCCCGCCUUCAAAACUGAUUAUGUAAAUUUACUGUAAGUCCUCAAGAUUUAAUUUAAUCUGAUCAUUUUUGGCUAUCCAAUUACACGUUUGUCAUGGUGUCUUUAAUCUUUGAUUAUAUAUGAUGACAGUUAAAGAUCUAUGUUUUUCUAUUUACAUUAUAUGUAAACAAUACUGAAGGCUACUUCUUUAUAUUUAGAGCUUGACUCAUGUAAAGAUUACGUAUCUUGAAUUGUUUACCUGGAUUUUGAGAGCUUUCAUUCCCUCUUUUUAUUUAUCUCUGACCUACAGUUGUGCUGUACAAGAUCUUAUAUAGAUAGAAAUGAAAUGUGCUCUCUUUUAAAUGAAUUUUAUCAUUUAUGUAUUUACUAUUUAUCUCAGUGUAUUGAAUGUCCGAUAAUAUAUGUUUAUUACAAGUAAUGAUGUUCUGCCUCUUGAAAUUUGGUAAUUAUUAUAUCAGAUUUUUUGUGAUCUUUUUAAUUGGAAUUAACGAUAAAAUUUUAUAGGAGUCGCUAACUUUUUAAAAAUGUACCAGUAAUAGAUUAUUUACUUAGUAUACAACAAAUCAAUGAAAUCCGGGUUGUUCGUAUAGUUACACAUUGAUUUAAAUGAAGGUUUUAAAAGCAUAUUUUUUUAAAAUAAACUUUCUUCAGAAACAGGGAUCAUCUUAAACAGAAUUUGAUCUUUUAUUAUGGAUAGCACAUUCUUACCAUUCGUUUUUAUGGCCAUUUUUAACUUCAUUUGGUGUCGAGUGUAACAUUGCUUGCUUUAUUGGAAGUUAUUUUUGAUUAUUUUCUUUCUAAAAGAAUAUCAUUGUGAGUGGGUGAAGCAAUUGAUGUUGAUCACAAUACACAAUAUUCUGUUCUUACUUUUGUCAUACAGUUUUUGUUUAUUAAAAUGCUUUUACGGUCAA